UGUCUGUCUGUCUUUCAAUCAAAGGUUUUGAUUUAUUCAAACAUUACUGACAAGAGAAGUCUGGCAGACAGUUUCCUCAUUAAACUUUCUCUGAAUGAAUAACGUGUCACAAAGUCCAGAAAGAAGAAAUCCAUCACAUGUGUCAGAGGACAACUUUUCUCUUUUUCUCUCCAUCAGAUUUCUCUCAACUUGAACUGGACACAAACUCAAUGAGCAGAAACCUCAAACUGUCCAACAACAACAGGAAGGCGACUCGUGUGGAGGAAGAGCAGCCGUAUUCUGAUCAUCCAGACAGAUUUGAGGAUUGGUAUCAUCAGCUGCUGUGUCGAAAUGUUCUCAGUGGUCGAUGUUCCUGGGUGGUCGAGUGGAGCGGAAAAGUUGUAAUUUCAGUGAGUUACAGAGGAAUCAGAAGGAAAGAAAACAGUAUUGAAUGUUUGUUUGGAUGGAAUGCUCAGUCCUGGAGUCUGAAGUGCACUGAUGAAGGUUACUCUGUCAGGUACAAGGGCAGAAUAACGUCCAUCUCCUCCUCCUUCUCCUCCUCUGGUAGAGUAGCAGUGUAUGUGGACUGUCCUGCUGGCUCUCUGUCCUUCUUCAGAGUCUCCUCUGACUCUCUGAUCCACCUCUACACCUUCAACACCACAUUCUCUCAACCUCUCUAUGCUGGAUUUACACUCUUGUCCUCUGGUUCUUCAGUAAGUCUGUAGGAAGGACGGUCUCUGUCUCUGACAGCAGUCCUGUCAGCACCAAUCAGAGAUCCAGAGAACAUCAGUGGAGUUCAGCAGGGCUCACAGACGGAGCCUCCAACACUUUGUAAAAUGUGUCGUCAGUUUAGUUUUCAGUACGUUUUCGAACCUCCUCAAGUCUUUGUCAGCAACAAUGGAGACGAUGAGGAAAGGACUCUUCUGAUCAUAGCUUGACAUUUGUCUUUUGGUUCAGACCAGCCUGUCCUGAUUGGACCAGUUUCAUUUCAGGUGGACCUAUUUAAGGAGAGUCUGACUGAGAGUCUGUCACUCUGCUGAGAGGCUGGAAGUGAAAUUCUUUUUAAUAGUGAUGGAAAAAUUAAGCUUUCUGAAACUCUGAUGCCUGGAUGGAACAAGGGUUCAGAACUGAAGCUUUUCAACACUGUCCUCUUUGCUUCCACCUGGUGGCCAAAAGUUUGAAGAGCAGCUUGAAUGAACUGCUCCAUGAUGGUUCCCCACGAGUUCAGUUCAGUGCUUCUCUUUAUUAUAAUGUGACUGUUCCGUUUGAUGUCAGGAUCAUUGUGGUGAUGUGAACAAGUGUUUUUUUUUUUUGUGAUUAACAUUUUAUUAAGUUUUCCAAUACACCACUCCAUUGCAGAUACAAAUCACAACAAUUUCACUUCAGUACAAUAGUAGAGCAGAAACUGACAAUACAAAUUAAAAUAAGAUAAAAUAAAAUAAAAUAAUAAAAUAAAAAAAGAAAUGUAAAUAAAAUUAAACAGAAAAAGAGGGGAAGGGGACAUCUGGCUGGCAAUUGUCUGUAACAUGUAAACUAUUUCUCACCCAGGACCAUUCUGACCUUUAGGUUGGUCCCUGCAUCUUGGAAAGGUACGAUCCCCACUUCAAGUGAAAGCUCUCCACUUUAUUCAGCAGUUUGUAUGAAAGGCGUUCUAGUGCAGCCAAUCUCCCCAGUUGGUUGUACCAAAUAGUAACGGAUGGUGUGGAGGGGGCCUUCCACUGAGAAAUAAUAAGUUUACGCCCCAGCAUUAGAGCGAUCUGCACCCAUUCAGCUGUACUGGAUGGAAGAUGUUUUAGGAGGGAUGGAUCACUGAGAAUAAAUAAUCUAGGUAGGAAAGGAAUGUCCUGCUGUAUAACUGAUUUGAUAAAUUCAUAGAUGUCAGUCCAUAAACCCUGGAUUCUUGGACAGUUCCAGAUCAUAUGGAUCAAUGUGCCCACCUCAGUCUGACAUCUCCAGCAAUCUGGGGCCUGUAUAAGGUUUGCUCUGUAUAAUCUAUGAGGGGACCAGUAGAUUCUAUGUAAUAGUUUGAAUUGAACGAGUCUUGUUCUCAGUUCUCUAGAUACCUUCUUUGUGUUCUGUAGGAUCAUAGCCCAUUCCUGAUCUGUAAAGGACACAUUUAGGUCAGUUUCCCAGGCUGACCUCAAGGCAGGGAGCCCCUCAUCUGUGGCUUCUAAAGGCAUCAAAUAGUAUUUGGAAGCUUCAUGACCCCCACCAAAAACCUUUCUAAUAAAAGUAAGAAAACUUAUAGUUGGAGGGAUGGAGGGGUAUUCAAAAAUCUGCAGAAGAAGAUGUCGGAGCUGUAAGUAUUUCCAAAACUGGCUCUGUGGAAGCUGAUAUUGAGCUUUAAGGUCAUUAAAUGAUUUUAGAACUCCCCCCUCAUAUAGAUCCCCAAGAACUAAAAUUCCUCUCUGGGCCCAUAGUUUCCAGAAAAAUGGAGACCUAUCAAUACAGAGUUUGGGGUUAAGCCAUAUGGAUGCCUCAGCGUGGAGAUGGGGGCUAAAAUUUAACAGUAAAGCUACUUUCUUCCAUACCUCCUGCAGGAAUGAAAGAAUGGGGUGGGUCUGUGCCUCUGGUGAAAGCUUAAUGGUAAUGACAUGCAUUAGAGGGAGGGAAGUGUGAACAAGUGUUUUUUAAGGUUGAAUAAAAUAUCUUAUUGAAUUGAUUCAUAAAUAAUUUUGAAGAAGGUCUCCUUUUUGCUUGUGACUUCUUGAUAAUUGUGAACAUAAUAGACAGAAAAAUUUUAUUUACAGUAAUUUUCAACACAAUCUGAUGAUAACCUGGUUGUUCUGUGAGGUUCCUGUCUCCUGUCCUAAACUAUAGGUCCUAAUGAAUGAUUGUUUCUGAAGAAACUGUGAACUUCCGCCUCGGUUUUUCUUUCCGAUCCGUCCAACAAAGUCUGUUGGAACCACAUCCAGAGUCACAGUGAGCCCUGUUCUAUUUCAUUUCAGUGAACCUGUAACCAUAUGACUUACAUCGGGUCAGGAGCAUUAUGCCAAAUUAACAACACCUGUGGGUGUGUGCUACACAGUAUAUGAAUGAUCCGCGUGCACACACUCAGUGGGGGGGCAAGGGUCCUUGGGGUCGCCAAGCAAAAAAAAAAUCAUUGGGCCCCCACCCCAUCCAUGCACACCGAUUUUUUUUUUUUUUUU